CCUGCUCAAAAUCGCCCACUAUGGCUAGAAAGAAGAUCCGUUGUAACGCCACCGAGUGCCGUGAACGAGCCUAGCUCAUUGUUGGCGACUGCAGCUUCUGCCAGGGCCACUUCUGCAGCAAGCACCUAUAAAACGCAAUCCUACGCCCGCAACGCUGCCCAGCUCGAAUCCGAGCGCACUCACCCCAUUCGAGGCAUAUAG